AUGAAUCGUACAUCAUUUAUUUGGAAUUGCCAAGGAGCAGCAUCAAGAAGAUUCCAUACUGUGCUUAAAUCUCUUCUCCAUGGAUUUAAGCCUGAUUUAAUUGCUCUAUUAGAACCAAGGAUUUCUGGUGUUAAAGCCGACCGGGUUAUCAAGAAGCUCAACUAUCCUAACUUGCAUAGAGUAGAGGCGGAAGGAUUCUCUGGCGGUAUAUGGCUAAUGUGGUCUGACCAGAUCAAGGUGCACGUCUUACUCAACCACAAGCAAUUCAUUCACACUCACAUUUGCAGCACAAACGGAGAAAGUCCAUACUUAUUUACAACAGUGUAUGGUAACCCCAAACCCACCAUGAGAGAAACACUCUGGGAGGACCUCCAUUAUUUAUGCAUCAAUGAACGAGAGGCCUGGCUUCUGGCUGGCAAUUUCAAUGCCACCUUAACCAGAGAUGAGCGACGGGGUGGAGCUCGAAGCUCUCGCUCAGGAAAUAGGGCCUUCAAAGACUUUGUGCACACUACUGGUCUAAUUGACUUGGGCUUUACUGGGCCUGAAUUCACUUGGAAAAGGGGUAGUCUUUUAGUUCGACUGGACCGAGCACUCACCAACCAGACAUGGAUUGCAUCUCAACCCAAUGCCAUUGUCAUGCAUCUUCCUAGAAUUCAGAGUGAUCACCGGCCAUUACUCAUUAAGCCCGAAGGCGAACCAAGAAAAAAAGAACCCAUAUUUCGUUUCCUUGCCCCUUGGAUAGCUCACCCUGACUUCAAGAACCUCUUAGCAAAAAACUGGUCCAAUGAAGAAAGUCUGGCCCGAAACAUUGAGAAAUUUAUCCAAGCAGCUCAUCUUUGGAACAGGGACACUUUUGGAUCUAUUGGCAAAAAUAAGCGUAUUUUACGGUAG